AUUUAAAAUGACGUAAUAAUUUCGCUUUUAGUUUUUGAUUUCAUUUUUUUUUUUGGAGAGAAGGUUGGAAAUAAAUUUUUAAAAUUUGCGUAUUGCUUAAAAAAAUAAAGAAAUUGGGUCUUAAAUUUAGGAAAGUUUAUUAAGGUGUGGACCUGUGGACAUUCUAAUCGUUAUUUGGUUUCCCUAUUAAGCUAUUGUUUCUUUUUUUUGUUAAAUUAUAAGGUGUCUGGUUUGAAGAAUUCUUUAAGAAAAAAGAAUGGCACCAAUAACGGAUGUUGAAGAUAUUGCGAAAAUGUCUCUAGGGAAUAUGCGGUGCACUCGAUGCGCUGAUGGUUUUGAAGCCAACGAAAAAAUUGUUAAUUCUAACGGAGAACUUUGGCAUACCCAAUGUUUUGUGUGCGCGCAAUGUUUUCGACCGUUUCAAGAUGGUAUUUUUUAUGAGUUUGAAGGUAGGAAAUACUGUGAAAGGGACUUUCAUGUACUUUUUGCACCGUGCUGCAAUAAAUGCGGAGAAUUUGUUAUUGGGAGAGUCAUCAAAGCAAUGGCAGCUAACUGGCAUCCACAUUGUUUCCGUUGUCAAAUGUGUGGAAAAGAAUUGGCUGAUGCUGGAUUUAUCAGAAAUCAGAAUCGCGCACUUUGCCAUGAAUGCAACGCCGCAGUAAAAGCUGUUGGAACAGGAAAAUAUGUUUGUCAAAAAUGCCAUGGUUUGAUCGAUGAUGAACCAUUAAGAUUUCGAGGAGAGGUUUAUCAUGGUUAUCAUUUUAAUUGUGCUAAUUGUGCAGUAGAGUUAGAUUCAACUGCCCGGGAAGUCAAGAGUCGACCGGGAUUUGCAGCUAACGAUAUGAAUGAAUUAUAUUGUUUGAGAUGUCAUGAUAAAAUGGGAAUACCAAUUUGUGGUGCGUGUCGCCGUCCUAUUGAAGAACGCGUGGUUACUGCACUUGGAAAACAUUGGCAUGUAGAGCAUUUUGUAUGUGCAAAAUGUGAGAAACCGUUUCUGGGUCAUCGCCACUAUGAAAAACGUGGCCUGGCCUAUUGUGAAACACAUUAUCAUCAACUAUUCGGCAAUCUUUGUUUUGUAUGCAAUCAAGUUAUAGCGGGAGAUGUAUUUACUGCUUUAAACAAAGCAUGGUGCGUUCAUCAUUUUGCCUGUUCUGUUUGCGAUACAAAGAUGAAUCAAAAAUCCAAAUUUUACGAAUAUGAUGAGAAACCAGUUUGCAAAAAAUGUUACGAGAAAUUUCCGAGUGAACUAAGACGUCGUCUACGUGUAGCUCAUGAAAACACAAUGAAAAAGAAUCCAGUUUAAUUAGAAACAUGUAUUUUUUUUUAAAAUACUUGCAGAUAAAAUAAAAUGUGCCUCAGAUAUUAAUUAAAUUUAAUAUCUAUUAAAUAAAUUUAUAAUUAUAGCCAAUAGUUUAUACUACUAACUUCAAUAUUAAAUGACUAUAUUUUUUUUUUUAAAUAAACUUCCUUUUAAGUGCCUUGUUGAAUAUACAUAAGUAAAAAGAAAGUUGCCUUACAUAAAUUAGCACAUUUUAUAAUGUAUUUCACUCGAAAAAAUAAUUUUUAUGUAAUAUUCGUUAUAAGUUUUACUAAAUUAAAAAAAAAUAGCAAAAUUAAUUUACGCUUAAUUUUUUUCAGUGUGCGUAUAUUUUAUGUCAAUUACUGUUUUUAAUUAUAAGUUUCAUGUUGCAGCUAAUCAAUAUUAAAUAUUUUUUAUUAGGUAAAAAUUUUGUAUUAAUUUUUUAACAAACUGCCGACAUAGCGAAAGUAUAUAUUUAGAAUUUUAUUGAAAAUUUUAUGAAAAAUAAAUCAAUUUUUAA